GUGGCCGAAGUUUAAUCAAAUCCACGUUGGCGGCCGUCUUGCGCCGGCAGCGCCUUUGUCUUGCAUUUGCUUCGGCCUUGCUUGCUCAGCUGCAUUUCAUAUCGGGCCCUGUCAUCAGAAACCAGCACCAGCCCAUUCACCGAAGUGUAGGAUACUUUACCAUGGCCACAUCAACUACAGCAAUGCCAGUGGAUCUGACUACUGCAAUAUUUGCCUUCACCAUUGACCUGUACAAGCAACUUGAUUCAGGGAGCGAUGGAACAAAGAAUGUUGUCUUCUCUCCAUUCAGCAUUGCAGCUGCUUUGUCAAUGACUCUUGCUGGUGCCAAGGAGCAGACUGCUACUGAAAUCACCAAUGUCUUUCGUGUAAAUGGUGAUGUGAUCCACAGACAGUUUUCCGAAUUCUUUGCGAAGGUUGAAACUUAUGCACCUGAUGUGAUGUUGGAUGUUGCGAAUCGCCUGUACUCUGAGAAGACGUUUGUAGUCCUGGAAGACUACAUUUCCACACUGAAGAAAUUUUACAACAGCACUGUGAUGCCUGUCGAUUUCAAGAGCAGUGCUGAAGCAGCCAGACUUGCAAUGAAUGCCUGGGUAGAAGAAACAACAAAGUCAAAAAUCAAGGACCUUCUUCCCACUGGUGCUGUGGAUUCCGACACUGCUCUUGUGUUGAUCAAUGCCAUUUACUUCAAGGGUCUGUGGAAAGAUCAGUUCAACCCCAAGGCAACUACCCUGCAGGAGUUUCACAGAUCCAAAGAAACAGCUAAAGAGGUCCAAAUGAUGUACAAGCAAUCACGCUUUAAGGUCAACACCAAAUGCACAGACCUGAAUGCUAAUGCAAUCGAAAUCCCAUACAAAGGCGGCAAGACGUCUAUGGUGAUCCUUCUGCCCCAUGAAGUUGACGGCCUUCCAAAUCUGGAGGCAACGCUUAUGCCAUCAAAGCUGUUGGACGUCUUGAAUGGUCUUGAUUCGAAAAUGGUCGCUCUCAGUCUCCCACGAUUUAGAAUUGAGUACCGCUUAGACUUAAAGAAAACGCUUCAUGUGAUGGGCAUAAGAGAUUUGUUCACUGACAAGGCAGAUCUGUCAGGAAUAGAUGGGAAAAAAGACCUCAUGGUCUCAGCUGCAGUUCACAAGGCCUUUGUAGAAGUUAAUGAGGAGGGCACAGAGGCAGCAGCUGCUACGGGAAUGAUAGUAAUGGUAAAGAGUGCUGUCAGGGCCAUUCCAUUCUCAGUUGACCACCCAUUCAUGUUCUUCAUUCGAAGCCAUGACCCGGAUGUAAUUCUUUUUGCAGGCUCUGUGCGCGAUGUAUAGCAGUUUAAGGGAGGUGGAUGUUGAGAAGAUUUGUCUGUGAUUGUCAGUGCAUUAUAAGAGGAGUGACUAGACUGUAAUAUCUGCAAGCAGGGGCACUGUCAUCUGCAUCAUGGAUGGUUCUGCAGCAGCUCCUCGGCUGUAGCUUUCUGGUGCUGAGUGCAGGAUCAUGGCUUCAUUUCCCUUUCAUGGAGGCCACAUACUGAGCUGGGAAGAAUGCAAAAAACACUUAUGUAGUGGGCUUUGUGUGCAAGAAUGUAAGAAAACACAUUCGCAUAUUCUGUGCAGGAAAUCACUGCAGUUGCAGUAUUGCAGUUCCUGAAGUCGACAGACCUUACUUAGCAACUGCGAUUCAGCUGUGCACACCCAAACGGAGUGACAUGUGCGUGCAGAUUGGCAGCAGUGCUCAGCUAAAGUUUGCCAUUCUGUCUAGGAUUAAAACUUUGAUGCGUAAUCUUCUACAUACAGAGCACACAAGGCCAAAACACAUCAUUCUUUUGUGCACUGUACAUAGGAGCCCGUGCUCUAGCAAUAAGUGUUUUCUCUCCUCAAUUUUCUUUUUUAUCCCCUGACUUUCUCUCCCCCGCAAUGGGUAGCAAACAGGCAGUGUGUCUGGUUGAUCUAUUUGUCUUUUCUUCAUCUUUCUCUCUCUGUUUCACCAUCACACGACGAGAAAUGACACGCACUGGUGCAAUAUGCUUUUGCACGAGUCAUAAUUACAUACACACAACUCCUGCACAAAGUGUUAUUGGGGUGCUUCCUGAAUGAUGCUAGCUUGUUUUAUAUGUAGUACCAUACAGCAGGUGCAAUAUUGUGACAGUGUAAUUUUUGUGCAAUAUUUAGCCAUUGAAGAGUGUGCAUUAGGUAGCGAGGUAUGGAAUGUGUCCCACACACCACUGCAUCACAAUCUAUUAAUCCAGGCCUCUAUUUCAAUGUCUCAAUGUUGUUGCUACUUUUUUAUAAAUUUGUGACCUUUCAUUAUACUGCCAAUGCAUUUGGGUCAUUCUGAGUAGGCAUGGGCCAGCAUCAGUGUCGGCAGCUAUUAAUAUUUGUAGUGCAUUCACAGAUGACUUGUUUGUGCUUGCAUUACUGUAAAGUUUUUUAGCACAUGUCUAUAAUUAAGUAAAAAGAAAAUGCAGAGUGGGCCAUUUUUCCAAUUCAUGCACUAAAGAUGGUGGAAAUACGGGUGCAUUUCAAAUUUCAGUAGUGUAUAGGCACCUCUUCCAUUGAGUGUAAAUUCACUUAUUGUGCCAAGAAUUUCUUUAAUUCUUUACUGUUUCAAUCGAAAGUCAGAACCAAGUGUUCAUUUGUCUAGCAGUUGUAUGCUUUCUGCGAUGAUGUGCUAUUUCCAGCAGUUUCCAUACUAAAAUAAAGUUUCAGUGUCUCCAUGGGUAUAGCUGAAAGCACAAAAAAGGACUGUGAUGCUUAAACCAUCAAGCUUUCUUUUGUACCUUGAUGCAGGUACAGAGUGCCGAAUUAUAGUAGAAAUGUUCUGAAAACUUGGUAGCAUCAGUUGUGAUGCAGAUUACCAGUCAUAGAAGCGGCGAGCACUUUUUGGGGGUCUCAGUUUAUGAGGGUGAAUCAGAAAGUCUAAGCCCCUGUUUUUUUUAGCCAAAUUAUGGCUGUAAAUGCGAAGUCAACAUGUCCAUUCACAGUGGUGGACCUUUCUAGGACCGGCCCGGGCUUAUCUGCCGGUAGCUCCACGGCACGGUGCUGUUGUCAGUUGUUGAAGGUGGCGGUUGUACUUCGCACAUCCACAGCAUAUGUGCAAUGAAGCGUGAUUCAUUUUCUAGGGAGCUAGGGAUGAACUGCAAUUGAAAUCCACAGGGAAAUGCAGCCCGCAUAUGGGGAAAGGUGGCUCGCUUUGAGAAAUUUGAGGUGGUGGCAUUGUGAGUUCGCAGAAGGCCGUGAAGCCAAGACGGCAGUUCGACAGUGGUUCCACAGUCAGCGAGACGAAUUCUACCAAAGGGGCAUCUCAAAUUUAGGGCUGCGAUGGGACAAAUGCCUCACCUGAUGUAGGAACCACGUGGAAAAAUAGUGUAAGGUACGUAGAAUAGUACAUAUAUCUGUAAUUACUUGUAUGUACCUCAAUUUGGCUAAUAUAAAAUAGGGGCAAAGGCUUUCUGAUUCACCCUCGUAAGAUGAUAAUGUACCUGAAAGUCUGGAUCAACAAUAUUUUGGAGUUGGGCAUGCAUAUUUAACUUAACACUAUGUUUUGUGCAGCAGUUUUACAUACCUGUUGUCAACUGAGAAUCUCAAUACAGGCAUGUUGUGAAAAUGCUUAUAUAAGGCCGGCUACUUGUUUGGUUGCUGCAUGUUGGUUAUGUUACACUGCUGCUGUUGAUGUGCUCCCAGCAUGUCAGAAAUGAGAUUCUUUGAGCCAUUUUUGUUGUUUGUACUGUUGGGCUAUGCUUAAAAAUAUUUUUAUAGUUGCUCGUGCUUUUUUAAUCAUGACAGAAUAAAAUGCUUGUUGCUUGUUGA